AUGUCGCAAAAAUUUGACACUCCGCCCCCUGGCUAUCCGCAGCAGCCGCCGCCAGCUGCUUAUGGUCCGCCUCCACCCUCCGACUACUCAACACCCCCGCCUCAGGGAGCUUAUGGUUCGCCGGCCCCCCAGGGAUAUUAUGGAGCACCUCCGCCUCAAGGAUACUAUCCUCCCGAUCAGCAGCAGAUGUACGGCCCGCCGCCGGGCCAGAUGCAGUACCAGCAAGGAUACCCGCCCCAGCAAGGAUACCCGCCCCAACAAGGAUACCCGCCCCAAACAGUGUACGUGGAGGAGAAGAAGAGCGGAUCUGAUGGCAUUUUCACCGGACUAUUAGCGGGUCUGGCUUGUUGCUGCUGCUUGGAUUGUUUGUUCUAG